GUGUGUGGCUGCGCCCACCUUAACCGUUACCGUUAGCUACACAAUAAACUAGUGCGAAUAGAGCAGCCCGUGGUUUCACUCGUGUCCUCGUACUCAUCACUGGCGACGAAUCGGUUAAAUUCCACGUGUUUCGCGAUAAAAUAAAAUGUCUAGUGCUAAUUUCGGUGUGUUGGAUACCUUUGAUCAUAACGUUCAAAGUUGGAACAGCUACAAAGGCCGAUUACAGCAGUAUUUUAUCGCAAAUGAUAUAGAUAAUGCGAAAGAUGCGACGGGAAUAAAAAGACGGGCCAUAUUGCUAACAGCACUCAAGGAAGAAACGUACAAGCUUGCAGCUGAUUUGGUCCUGCCAAAGCAACUGGACAGCGUGCCUUAUGAAGAUAUUAUAAAACUUCUGGACAACCAUUUCACACCUAAGCGGGUUGGAUUCGGCGAACGCCACAAAUUCUACGCCGCGGUGCAGCAGGCCGGCGAGACUCAUACACAAUGGGCCGCUCGGCUGCGAGGACUCACCGCUUAUUGUAGUUUCAGCAACGUGGAAGAGGCAUUACGCGAUCGGUUUAUCAUGGGUUUGCUUCCAGGCCUUGAAAAGGAAAAAUUGUAUGCGCAAAACAUCUCCGUGCUGACGCUAGCGAAAGCGGUCGAGUUCGCCGAAAACAUUCGCUGUGCGCGUGCCGGGGCCACCGCAGCUGGUAUUACGCCUUCUUCGAGCGACGUUUACAAAAUCGCGUCCAAUAAACAGCAAAAUAAGUCUGACGAGAAAGUGAAGUGUUCAAAAUGCGGCUAUACUAAUCAUAAAGUGUCGGAGUGUCGGUUCACUAAUUACGUAUGCAAAAAGUGCAAAGUGAAGGGUCAUUUAGGUAGAAUGUGCCCUAGUGUUAAAUAUUUGGAUAUUAAUUACGAUGGCGAGGACGACGACGUCCUUGCAGAAUAAUAAACAAAACAGGAAAAGUAAACCAGUUUUUAAACAAGGCGAUAUAGUAUUAUAUAAACAGUUUAAAGGCAAUAAUAAAUGUGUUUGGGGUAAGGGGAUAGUUAUUAAGAAAAUAGGACGAGUCUUAUAUAAAAUAAAAGACA